AUGAUGGAAUUCCGGCCUGAGUUUGCCGUCGUCAUGGGAACUUUUGACAAUGUCGUCAGCUUCAUCGACCCGAUGUACAAGCGGGUUGAGACGACAGUGGGGAUAGCUCUUCCUGUCAUCUACAACAAGAUCCUGGAAGAAGAUGUAGGGAAGCGACUUGUUUACAAUGUCGGCACUCGACCGAAGCCCUGGGAGCUGCUCCCCCUCUUCAUUCCGAAACACCCUCUCUUCCAGUUGUGGCUCUGCCUCUUCAUGGACUUCGUGAUCGGCAACGCCACAUACCUCCUACCCUUCAUCGGGGAGGGCUUUGACCUCAUCUGGGGGCCUGUGCAGGCUGUCUUGAUGGGUGCAAUGUUCGACAAGGUGGAGCCAAAUGCCAAGUGGUUUGGCCUGCUAGAGGAGGUCCUGCCCAUGACGGAUGUCAUUCCGUCGGCCAGCCUGACAUGGCUCAAGUGCCAUCCCGAGUACUAUUCAAAGUACCUGACUGCCGCCAAAGAGCUCAAGGAGAAGAAGAAGAAGGCGUGA